GAACCUGGAAAAUUUUGUGGUGCUAGAACAGUACAAAAUGGAGGACAUGAUGCAAGCCUAUGACCAAUUUACAUUAGCUCCUCCAUUGCCAUCCUCCUCAUCUUGACAUUUUUCCAUGGACAUUAAAUGAAAACUUUUCUGAUAUUCAGGAAGUGACCCAGUUCUGCACCACUGAUUUUUUUUGUAGCUAUCCUGUAAGGCUGCUGGCUUGAAAGCUGUGUCUAUGCAACCUUCCAAGUGCGGAGUGUCAACCAACUGGACAGGAGAGAGCACUGCCUCCUAUUCCAGAACUCAAAAUAAAUAAAGCUCAUCCAGCUGUACUUCACAAAAAUAAUAAUAAUUCCAUGUUUUGUAUAUAUCUGACAAAACUGGCAACAUUAUACAGACUACUGACUUGAAGACCACCUCUUUUGUAUUUCUCUGUUUCUGGGCUGAUGAAUUAUUUUCAUCCAUUUUUCCCCUUCAGAAUUUCCCUUGGAAAAAGUACUAGCUUAGCUGGUCAUUUCUUUGUAAGGUAGUUAGAAAUUUUAAGUCUUUCUUUGGGCAACUUUUUUUUUUUUUAAUGUGAAAAGUUAGGUGAUAUAAUUUUUUUACUGCUUUUAUGUUUUUCUGUCUUGUUUUGAAACCAUGACGGUUACACUUUUGGUUCCUAAAAUAAAAUUUAAAAAAAUUAACAGCCAAGUCACAAAGAUAAAUGGGUUGCACAUAGACUAAGGAAUAAACUUCAGAUUUGUGAUUUUUGUUUCUAAUCUUGAUGUAAAUUUACACUAUUUAUAAAUACAUAUUUAUUGCUUGAAAAUAUUUGUGAAUGGAAUGCUGUUAUUUUUUCCAGAUUACCUGCCAUUGAAAUUUUAAGGAGUGCUGUAAUUUCAAACACUACUCCUAUUACAUUUUCUAUAUGUAAAUAAAACUGCUUAGCAUUGUACAGAAACUUUUAUUAAAAUUGUUUAAUGUUUAAAGUUUUUCUAUUGUUUGAGUUUUAAAAAAAGAUUUAUGUACAGUGCCUAGGUUUUGUUCAUUUUUGGACUCUGAUUAUAUAUAUUUUAUAUAUACUCAUGUGUAUAUAUAAUAUAUAUAGAAUCUGAAUAUAAAUAUAUGUAUAAAAAUUUAGAGCCUAAAUUUCUCUCGUUUUAAGUUUUACAAAUAUGGUAGAUUUGAGAUGUCUACUGUAAAAUAUUGCUUACAAAAGUAUGAUUAUUUUUAAAGAAAUAUAUGGUAUGUAUCUUGAAGACAUAAAAACCCCUUCAGACUGGUUUAUUGUUAAAUUGCACUUUUUGCAAUAACAGGCUAAUAAAUAGUUGCCGCCAAAAUGUAGUAUUAGAAAACAAGUAGUAGCUAACCUUAAAGGUCACAGAGAAGUAAUGGGUUUGAUAGGAAGGUUAGAAUACUUUUAGCGGUUACAUGACAAUGGUAACCAUGGGCUUUGGGAGAUAUGGUAUAUAGAAUUCAACCAAAUUGAAAUUUGUAUAUUCCAAUAGUUCCUGUUAACAAACUAAAAUAAGACUUUGUCGUCUUGGUGUCAGUUUUGACCCAAAAAGGACAUUGUUUUGUAGUAUUCUUUUGUAUUUUCACAUAUUUUGUAAUAGAAAAUCACUGGUAAAUUUUUGAAGCACUAGGUUUAUUUAGGGUAACUUUAUAAUAUGACUGUAACACUAUUUGCAGUUUGAAUUGACAAUGGCAUUUAUUUUAUUAAGUUGCUCAUAAUCUUUCUCAGCAGUUCCUUAAUGCAUUAAAACUAAAUUUCAACAUU